UGGCCACUCAGUCCCUGACGUCCGAGGGGGGCUGCACUUUAAUUUGCAGGAUAGCCACUUGCUAUUCUUAAAACUCAACUGUGUGGUGCUGCAUUGGGGGAGAGAUCUCUGUUCUCCCUCCACUUCUUUUCUCCUUUUUGUCUGCCCGUGGUUUUCUACUUGUAAUUUGGUUUUUGUUGUAGUUUCAGUCAAGCCGGCAUGAAAGUGAAUGGACUUAAUUAGUGUAGGAAAAGUUUUUGCUAUUUGUCUACUGUCAGUCAGUCAUGAGCUCCAGCCUGGUCAACUCUUUAGCCAAGGUUUAUGACCCAAACCCUCUCCAUGGUCAGAAACCUGGCGGCAGGAAGCUGUCUUUUAACGGAUCAGACAAGUCCCAAGCUUCUUCGUGUUCAUCAGCAUCUAUCUCCGCUUCUCACGAUGCUGCCCUGCGCUGCGUGGAGAGCCGAAUGGACUCCCUGAGCUCUCAGAUGGAGCGCUUGCUCCACAUGCAGCAAACUGUUUUGACCCGGCUGGACGGCCUUUCCCAGGACGUCAGGGGUAUUGGUCUGGAUCUGGCCUCUGUAUGUGAAGCGGGCCAAGGGGGAAGGCGCGGGUCAGGGGUGGAGGCGGCGUGCAGGGAGCUGCGCGGGGCGGUGGAGAGGGCCAGCGAGCGGAUGGAAAGUCAGGGACGCAGGCUGGAGGGGGUUGAGAAGCUGAUGGAGGGAACCCAGCAGGUGAUCAGCUUCAUCGGGGAGGUGGUGAAGAGCUCCAGGCUGGUGGAGCUGCUGUUCAAACAGCCCGGAGUCAAGGCUAACAGGAAGGCAAAGGAUGACAAGGAUAAAGCCAAACUGAGCCUGAAGGGCUCGAAGGCCCAGAAGAAGAGGAGGCCCCAGGACACGGCAGAUUCAUCCUCCCUGAAUGAGCCUGUGCUGCAGGAACAGGUGGAAAAGCUCAACAGGCAGAACACUGAGCAUUCCCACGUAAGCACGGAGGCUGAAGCCCAGCGGGGGGAGGACGCAGGGAGUGGAGGGAGAAGACAGGAGCCGGCAGACCUGAUCCUGGAUGGGCCGCGCACCCCUUCCGCCCAGGCAGAGGAGAGGAAGGAGACGACCGAGGAGAGGGAGGAGGAAGAGGAGGAGGAAAUAUUAGAGGGCUCGGAGCAUGAGGAAGAAGAGGAAAAGGGAGGAGAUGCCGGUGCAGAGACAGCUGGAAAACUGGAGGCGGAAGGGACGUCAAAAUCAGAAAAGUCCCCGAGUGUCAUCGCAGAUAUUUGCAAGACCUCUCUCCUACCACAGGAAAGCUCUGAGGAGGUCGGCGAUGUGGCCACCUGCAGCAAACGCCGGGUCACAGAAGAAGACCCGGUGAAGGAUGACCUCAAAAAAAGCAGAGUGGACACCAAAGCAGAAAAUGCUGAGGGGCAGGCGGUGGAGGGCGAUGAGCCACCGGCCUGCAAACCUGACGAACCAAAGGCAGAGUUGGAAGAGGAGGGGAAAGAGGCAGCGUCAGCAGUGAAGGAAUUCAUCAUUGACUCAAGCCCUCCGCCAUUAGCGCCUUUCGACCACCGCAUCGUGACGCCCAAACCCCAUCAGAUAACCACCUAUUACGCUAUCAACAGAGAUGAAGUCCUGGGAGGGGGACGCUUUGGACAAGUCCACAAGUGCGUAGAGAACUCAUCUGGUCUGACGCUGGCUGCCAAGAUCAUCAAAGCCAGGAGCCAGAAAGAGAAGGAGGUGGUGAGGAACGAGAUCCAGGUGAUGAACCAGCUGAACCACGCCAACCUCAUCCAGCUGUACGCCGCCUUCGAGUCACGUCACGAUAUCAUCCUCGUCAUGGAAUAUGUGGAGGGAGGGGAGCUGUUUGACCGCAUCAUUGAUGAGAACUACAACCUGACCGAGCUGGACACCGUGCUGUUUAUACGCCAGAUCUGUGAAGGGCUGCAGUACAUGCAUAAAAUGUACAUCCUACACCUCGACCUCAAGCCAGAGAACAUUCUUUGUGUCAGCAGAGCUACUAACAAGAUCAAAAUCAUCGACUUUGGCUUGGCCAGGAGGUAUAAACCCCGGGAGAAGCUGAAGGUCAACUUUGGGACACCUGAAUUUUUAGCUCCUGAAGUCAUCAACUAUGAGUUUGUGUCAUUCCCCACGGACAUGUGGAGUCUUGGUGUCAUCACUUACAUGCUGCUCAGUGGGUUGUCCCCGUUCCUUGGGGACGAUGACAACGAGACACUGAACAACAUCCUGGCCUGUCAGUGGAACUUUGAGGAGGAGGAGUUUGCGGACAUCUCUGACGAGGCCAAAGACUUCAUCACCCGUCUGCUGGUGAAGAGCAAAAGCUGGAGGAUGAGUGCUGCAGAGUCCCUCAGACACCCCUGGCUGUCAGACCGGAGUCUGCACUAUCGCCUAAAUCAGAAGAAAAACAAGUGCCGCUCCACACACGCCCCCCCUCCGGAGAGCUAAGCAGAAACACUGCGAGGCCCUCAGCAUGCCCUUUGACAAUGUAGGGCCCCGGAGCCCAACACUGGACCAAUGCUGCCGUACCUGUAUGGCUACUGGAUGACUACUUCUCUGCCUCCUCUACCCUCAUGUUAGCUUAGCCCCGCAAGCUUGUAGUUCUGACCUGAACAGUGUGAGGCACACAGGAAAGGAAAAAAAACACACAAAAAAAACAGCUUCUUUUUUUUUUUUUUUUUUUACCGCCACCAUCAAGGCAUAGACCAUCUGCUGGCAUGAUUACUGUCCCGCAGAGCACGGAACCUGAGACUGAACACGACAGGACUCUCUAGCUCCAUGGCGUCUAGUUACCGUAGCUGCCAAGGUAAAAGAACGACGUGUAUCCCGAUGGUGGAUCCAAAAUGUCUAGAGACUAAAGGCCUGCAUUACUUGUGACUUCUGCAACACCUACAUGCGUCACUGCAAAGGUAGAGGAAAUCAAACACUGCUAUUCUCCCACUGACAGCGAUUAGUUUCUCAUGUCGUCCUGGUUUGUUGCAUGCUUUGCACUUUUUUGGCCUAUUUCUCCAAGAUUCAGCAAACAACUUUGAAAAAAAAAAAAAAUUCAGAAUGAAUUCUAUUAUUUAAAUAAUAUAUUUUUGUGGAUACAGAUUUUUUUCUUUCUUUUCAUUUACGAGUCUUAUACAAAUUGUGUUCUCUCUCAAACAUAAGGUAAAAAUACAUCAGAACUUGGCUGAAGUUGACCCCACACCCCACUAAUUUAUUUUGUAUAUAACACAGCACCGCUUCGUACCCCGUUCCCCUGAAAAGUGAGAAUAUCUCAAUGACUGAAUACUUCCUGGUUCACGCCAUUUUCAGCCCACAUUUCCGGUACAUUUUUCGAUGUAGACUGGAUUGCCUCCUGUAUGCAUUCGUGCCGCUAGCUCGCCUUCGCCUCGGCAGUUUGGAGUAGCCCUGUCACCUUCCAUGAAGGCAUAAUGAACAACAAAAUACUACCUAUGAAUGAUUCAUGUUUAUGACUGAAGUGGAUUCUUAUGUUCAUUUAUUUACUGGUUCAGCACCAGAUUGUACUUGAAGUGCAAAGCUUUUAUUCAAGAUGGGAUGUUUUUCAGGGGCGACGAACAGGAUUUCACUUAGUUAUGCACAUUUGUUAUGUGUAACUUCACAGUUCAGCUUGAUGGAGAGCCAACAGCGGAGUGUGGAAAGUAUCAGUCAGUGCUUUAUUGUCCCAUUCUUUCUAAGACAUGGGAGGUUGGACGAAUAUUUGUCACUCGGUUGUUGGCUGUUCCAUUUGGAAAUGAAGAAGCUUUGUGAUUUUGAAUACUUGUUUAUUUGAAUUUAUUACUUUACUUUUUUUUCCAAGUUUUCUUGUGUAACGAGACAUAAAUAAAUGUAGAAUACAA